AACGCUCAUGGCACGAAGGUUGCGUGAAGUGUGCCACUUGCCUGCAGCCUCUCUCGGGCACCUGCUAUUGCCGCAACAGGCAGCUGUACUGCAAACAUGACUACGAAAAGCUCUUCCAGACCAAAUGCAGCUGUUGCCUAAAAGCCAUCGCCCCUUCUGAGUUCAUCAUGCGGGUGCUGGAGAAUGUCUACCACGUCCACUGCUUCUCCUGCUGUGAGUGUGAGCGGCGGCUGCAGCGCGGCGAUGAGUUUGUGCUCAAAGAGGGUCAGCUGCUCUGCCGCAGCGACUAUGAAAAGGAGAGGGAGAUGCUGAGUGCCAUUAGCCCAGCACCCACUGAGUCAGUGAAGAGCGAGGAUGAGGACGGGAGCCACCCGCAUGGCAAAGGGGGUGAGGAAAGCAAAGACCACAAGCGCUCCAAACGCCCACGCACCAUCCUCACCACGCAGCAGCGGCGAGCGUUCAAGGCCUCCUUUGAAGUCUCCUCCAAGCCUUGCCGGAAGGUGAGGGAGACCUUAGCGGCUGAAACCGGAUUGACCGUCCGGGUGGUACAGGUCUGGUUCCAGAAUCAAAGGGCCAAGGAGCAUCCGUACUCCUCCUUGCAGAUGAAGAAGAUUGCCCGCAGGCAGCAACAGCAGCAGCAGCAGCAACAAGAGCAGGAACAGCUGGGAAACACCCGCCUGGGAACAGGCAGGGGGAACGGCCGGAGCAGUAGGCAGAGCAACGAGGACAGUGAAGAUGGCACUAGCGUGCAUGGCAUGGACGGGCUCAUGGUUCCGUAUUCCAGGAUCGCCCAGCAACAGCUGCUUCCCCUGGACCAGAACAGUUACAGCACAGACUUGUACCGGCAAGGACUCACACCACCCCAGUUGCCAGGAGAUCAUCUUCAUCCCUAUGAUUCAGAAGGCGUCUUCCAUGACAUGGACAGCGACACCAUUGGCCAUUUGGGGGACUGCCUGCUGUCAGCGGCAGAAGCCAAUCUACUGCAGACCCGAGUGGGGAACCCCAUUGACCGGCUCUACUCCAUGCAGAGCUCUUACUUCACCUCCUGACCAUGGGGAUGUCCCUGGCCCUUCUACCUGAUACAUGCCACUCUGGGCUUGAAUGGGGAAUUGCAUGAAGGAUUCAGACUGAUCCGGAAGAACUCUUUGGAUCUGGCAGAGCAAAUAAGGCAUGUUUAAUUGACCGGUACCUGAGCACUACUUCUUGGGUACUAACCACUGAGUCUUCAGAGGACUUUGCUAAACUGCCUUUCCCCUCCUGCAACCCCAUGUCCUAUGGGUGGACAAUUUCACAAUUAUGUUGCUGUAAUUAUAGCAGUGUGUUUGGUGUUGAAAUUGUAGGGCAUUCAAGCUAGGUUGACACAUCAGGAGAGGUAAAAAACCAGAAGGUCUUGUUGGAGCCCUUGGCAAGGGCCAAGUCUCCAGCACUACCGUACUUUUUAAUGAGGUUAGCCGGCCAUUUCUUGUUAAUUUUCUUUAGUGUUAGCAGAAUUAAGACCUCUGGUGGACAUCAGGUGAACCUGCUGACUUUCAGGAAAACAAGGAACACAGAACUCUGACACCAAGGAACGUCUUAUCUCAUCUACACUGGUUUUAUACUAGUUUCAUUGUUGCGGCCUCUCUGGCCCCUAAUCCUAUGAAUUCUGGGAGAAGUAGUCUGGCCAAAGUAGCUGAACACUGGCUAAUGAUCCAUCCCCUCCACCCAGAACUACAGUUCCCAAGGUUCAUUAGGGAGAAGGCUGCCUUGAGUCUUUUAGAAAAAGGUGGGUUAAAAUGUUGUAAAUAAAUGAAUAUAAAUAAGGCUUCAAUGUAUAUGUACCCCUAGAUUGAAGGACUGGCAAUGAUCUUCAGCCAGCUUUAUUCUA